AUGAUUUUCAGUUUUCCUUUUAUAAAAGUCUCAAAAACAUUGCAAGUCAUUUAUUACAAGUCUUUGACUGUAGCAAAGGCGAAGUCAUUUCUCACGUUUUACGGUCGAAAGAGGAAAAUCGAUUGCAAAAGCCUGAACUUUUUUAGAGCGGUAACUUUAACAGACUUUUGCGAAAGCAUCGAAAAACCUGCUGGAACCAGAAGUAAUAGCCAACAAGAAAAUUCUUCAGAAAUAAGUUUCCGUCGUUUCGUUACAUUAGACAAUGAGAGGACAAAGUUUCCGACUUUAGAGACAGAUAUUCAUUUUUGUCAGAGCUUCCCAAUCGAAAUGCCAACUCUGAGAUUUUAA